UCAUGCUGCUGCCAGGUCCAGAGUCUCUCAUGGGUCCCUGUACGGCCUCCCAUUGCUGCUGUCUCCAUCGCCACACUCUGCCAUGUGCCACUUUCAGGUCUCCUCACACUGCUGGUGUGUUCCAUUUUUUGUCAUAGGGUGCUGGCAGAUUACGGGCCUCCCAUAGCUGCUGCCAGGCCCCUAAUCUGCCAUGGGCCCCCUAUACCGCCUCCUCAUGCUGCUGCCAGGUCCAGAGUCUCUCAUGGGUCCCUGUACGGCCUCCCAUUGCUGCUGUCUCCAUCGCCACACACUGUGCCAUGUGCCACUUUCAGGUCUCCUCACACUGCUGGUGUGUUCCAUUUUUUG